UUGAAGUGCGUCGACAGGCCGUUCACCUACGAGUUCACUCCCUCUCAGGUCCUCUUGAAGUUGUAUAUUCAUCCUGCUUCUAUUCCGCUUCACAUCCGCGAUAUCGUAUAUACGAUCUCCACCAGUCUCCAUCCCCCGUUCUUCCCAAUUUCCACACACCAGUACCUAGCCAUCAUCAUACACAAGCACAAGCAUAAUCUACCACCCACAACCACAAGCCAUCAAGCACAAUGCCUUCCAACACCUAUAAUUCGGACCCAGAGUCCUGGCGCGAUGUUACAGGCCUCGGGCGCGGAGCUGCUUGGGGCAGCGGCUUUGACUAUGAUGACCGCUCUAGGUUUCCGCCGGGGUUGGAUGGCUCUUCCCGGUCUGGAGAAGGAUCGCGGCGGGGUCUGGAUUCGUCACUGGCGGCGAGGUGUGCGGAGAGCGAGCGGGGAGGCGCAGGGACGGCGGAUAGGGGAUGUAGAUGGGAGGGGGAGAGAGGUAGCUCUGGAAGCGAUGAGAUGAGGGGUGGGGCGAGGGAGUUCCGCUCUGGAGAUUACUCGCGGGCUGGAGGGGCUUCAGAUGGGCGUGGCGGAAGCGCUGGGCUGAGGGGCGAUGCGGUGUCUUUCGUGCCGAGGAGCGAGAGGCAUUAUGUGGGGUGUGCGAAGGGGGAGUGGGAGGAGGAUGAUUUUUGAACAAAGAUGAUUACGUUGCAGGCAAGUAUUAC